GUGUCUGUGGUAAUAAUGUGCGCGCUCGUGUUGCCGAUUCACAUCUCCGCGUGUCUCCCGUGCGUUUAAACCUUUCCAGCGCCGCAAGACACGCAUGGAGUUGCGCACCGACGCGGUAUUGGCCAGUCUGGAGAUGUCGGAGCCGGUGAUAAAUGACGAGGAUUAUGAGAGUUUACCCGCUCAUGCCUCCCUGGGCACGCACAUGACAGCAGGAGCCGUGGCCGGAAUACUGGAGCACACAGUCAUGUACCCUGUGGAUUCAGUCAAGACACGAAUGCAGAGUUUACAGCCGGACCCGAAGGCUCAGUACCGCAGUGUGUACGGUGCACUGAAGAGGAUCGUGCGGACAGAGGGUCUCCUUCGCCCUUUGAGGGGUCUCAAUAUCACUGUUCUGGGGGCCGGUCCAGCACACGCUCUCUAUUUCGCCUGCUACGAGCGAAUCAAGCGCAGCCUUAGUGACGUCAUCCAAAAUGGAGGCAACAGCCACAUAGCUAACGGUGUGGCAGGGAGUGUCGCUACUGUCCUCCAUGAUGCAGUCAUGAACCCAGCUGAAGUGGUGAAGCAGCGAAUGCAGAUGUACAACUCUCCAUACCGCAGCUUGUACGACUGUGUGCUGAUGGUCAGCCGUAAAGAAGGACUGGCUGCUUUCUACCGCAGCUACAGCACUCAGCUGACCAUGAAUAUCCCCUUCCAGGCCGUUCAUUUCAUCACCUAUGAAUUCAUGCAGGAACAUUUCAACCCCCAUCGCCAGUACCGGCCUGAAACGCACAUCAUAUCCGGAGCUGCAGCCGGAGCCGUUUCUGCUGCAGUCACCACUCCGCUGGACGUCUGUAAAACGCUGCUGAACACGCAGGAGAAUGUCGCGCUGAGCUCCGCACAUGUUAGCGGCCAUCUAUCAGGCAUGGUGAACGCACUCAGGACGGUUUACCGACUAGGAGGCGUACCCGCGUUUUUUAAAGGCAUCCAGGCCAGAGUCAUUUAUCAGAUGCCGUCUACAGCCAUCGCCUGGUCCGUCUAUGAGUUCUUCAAGUACUUUCUGACUCAACACGAGACGCACGUUCAGGAAGUUUCCCACAAAACCAGCCCUACAUGAGGCUCAAUCCAUUCCAAUUUCAUCUCGAAGGGGAAUGUAGAUUUCUCAUGCAAUCGUCGACACUCCGGUGCCUGUUUGUAUUAAUUUAUUAAAUGAGUUUCAUGUUGUUACAGGAAUGUACGGACGGAUGCACACUACAGAACACUUCGUAACAGAAAGAUGUCUUGUUUGUAUUCUCCCACACGUAUUUAUGAUCGAGAGCGCGUUUAUAUUUAUAUAUAUAUAUAUAUGCAUUCCCACCAUCUUCUCGACGAUUAAACCUACCCGUGAGGUAGGACGUUUUUAUUUUUAUUUUUUAAUUAUUGGGUUUUCUGGACUUUUCGUUUCGCAAGUUUAAAAGAGUUUUACUUUUAUCGCUUGAGUUAUUUUUAUUGGAAAUCAUUUUGUACGAUAUAUAUUUGAAUUCUGUUGCACAAUAACGAGAGUUCGUGUUUUUUUUUUUACUCUUGUUAUAGAAAAGCUGCCUGGCUAUUAUUAACUAUUUAAAAUCGGACGCAAAUUUUUGCUAAUAAUUUCGAUGUGUUUUGUAAUGCGAAUUUUUAGCUUGUGAAUUUCAAAGUCAGGGAAAUAUCUAGUCAGCAUAUAUCUAGUCUGAUUUAUUAUUGUCAUUCUACAAUACAACUUGAUGAACAAACAUGAUUUUUAUUCACAUUCCGUUAUUCGCAAAAUUUACUGACAAAAGUCCAAAGCUAGUUUACGCGUGGUUUAGCAUUUUUGUCAAAACGUUAUUUUACAUUUUAGGUCACUGGUCUCGAGCUCAAUUCCUGGAGGGCCGCAGCUCUGCGUAGUUUAGCUCCAACUCACACCUGCUUAUUAGUCUUCUGUAGUCUUGAACACCUUGAUUAUUUGGAUCAGCUGUGUUUGAUUAGGGUUGGAGCAAAACUGUGCAGAGCUGCUACCCUCCAGGAAUCGAGUUUGAGACCUAUGCUUUAAGAUGAUCUACUAUUGAUAUUUUAUUUCCAAAGAGACAAAAAUUGGAUACUAAUUUAAACCGAAAUCAUCACACUAAAGCACUAAUGUACUCUAAAUCAGUGUUUCUCAACCACGUUCACCAGCACUGCAUAUUUUGGAUUCCAUUCAAUUCAUCUUUAUUUCUAUAGCGGUUUUACAAUGUAGAUUGUGUCAAAGCAGCUUAACGUAGAAGGAUUAUAGUAAAUUGAAACUGUCAGUCCAGUUUUCAGAGUUAAAGAUCAGUUUAGAUCAGUUCAUUGUGGAUUAAAUUUCACUGCUGAAAAUCCAAACAUUGAAGAGCAAAUCCAUCGAUGCGCAGCUCCACAAGUCCCAAACCAA